UGUGUGUGUUUGGCCAGCUCACAUGCCAUCUGGUAAUAAAAAAGAAAUCCUUUUUGUUUGAAUAGUGCUCCCUCCCACACACCACCCCAGAGUAGAUCAUCUUCAGGCCCCAUAAAACCAGAAUCCCCACCGGUGACAGGGUUGGUCAGGGGAAGGUUAGGGGUAAGGAGGCUUGCAAGGUGGCCUGCUUGACCACUUGACCACGGGGGCUGGGCUGGUGAGCUCGAGUGGGAGGAGGGCGGUGGGUGGGAGGCUCCGAGGUCGGGUACCAGGACGACAAGAGCAGAUUCAGGGGGCAUGAGGACAUGGGAGGAAGCAGUGGAUGAGUGAGACCACGGAAGAUGGAGACGUUCCGAGCUAUGGGGCAGCCUGUGUGUUUUCAGAGUCCCGCCUUCGGCCAGGCACUGAGGCCAUGGUGACAGACAGCACAAGCAGGCAGUCAUCUCGGUGCGUCCAGACCAGAAUGCUGCACAGAGCCCCCCGAGGUCCCAGAAAGCGUGCCUUGGAGAGCGGCGGAACCUGCCAGCUUAAAUCUCCAAAGCGUGAUGCUUUCACUAAAGAACGAAGAUCCUGUUUGCAGUGUGGAGAAUGGAUGGGGACAGACCCAGAACGGGGAGCCUGUGUAGGGCAGGCUGCAGAGGCCCAGUCAGGUUCAGAGGCGAGCGGCAUGGAGAAGAGGCCUGCGGACAGUCGGGCCGGGCUGCUCCCCGCCCUGGCGCUGCUGCUGGCGAUGGCGCUCAUGAACGCGCUUCUCUACCUCUGCCUGGACUGGGUCUUCAUCGCGCCUCCACACGCCUCUGCCGACCCCAGCCGCUGCCCCUACGGUCACUUCCGCAUGGGACAGAUGGCAAACUGCUCGCCGUGGCUGUCAUGUGAGGAGCUGAGAACAGACGUGCGGCAGUUAAAGCUGGUCGGGGAAGGAGCCGUGAAGAGGGUCUUCCUGUCUGAGUGGAAGGAACGCAAGGUUGCCCUCUCUCGGCUCACCAGCCUGGAGAUGGAAGAAGAUUUCCUGCACGGACUGCAGAUGCUGAAGUCUCUCCAGAGCCCACACGUCGUCACGCUGCUGGGCUUCUGUGAGGACGACCACACCAUCCUCACUGAGUACCACCCCUUGGGCUCCCUGGGCAACCUGGAAGAGACACUGAGCCUCGCCAGGUUCCAGCACGCGAACACGUGGCAGCACAGGCUGCGGCUUGCCUUGGGCUAUGUGGGCAUCAUCGACUACCUGCACCACAGCCCCCUGGGCACGCUGGUCAUGUGCGACUCCAGCGACCUGCCCAAGACGCUGUCCCAGUACCUGCUGACGACCAACCUCAGCAUUGUGGCCAAUGACCUGGACGCCUUGCCUUUGGUCAACCGCAGCUCCGGGAUGCUGGUGAAGUGUGGCCACCGGGAGCUCCAUGGAGAUUUUGUGGCUCCAGAGCAGCUAUGGCCCUUUGGAGAGGACAGGCCUUUUCAGGAUGACCUCAUGCCCGCAUACGAUGAGAAGGUCGACAUCUGGAAGAUUCCGGAUGUCUCCAGUUUCCUGUUGGGGCACGUCGAAGGGAGCGAUAUGGUUCGAUUCCAUCUGUUUGACAUUCAUAAGGCGUGUAAGAGCCAGAGUCCUGCAGACAGACCCACGGCUCGAGAUGUCCUGGACGCUUAUCAGAAGGUCCUGAAUUCACUCAGAGACACCGUGAUGUCUCAGACGAGGGAAAUGCUGUAAAACAGUCCAGUCAUGGAGGGAUGAGUGUAGGGACCCACCAGAAGUUGGUCGGCUCUGCUCUGACGGUGGAGUUUCUCGCUGGAGUUGUGUUCUGUUGUUCUCUGCAUCCGUGUCACAACUGAGUGCUCUCUGCCUCUCCCGGCAGCCUGCACCGAAGUUGCUCAGCAAGAGAAAACUGGGUGCUGUGGUCGAAUGUGUCCCCCCGAAAUUCAUACGUCGACAUUUGGUGAGCCAUUGUGAUGGUGUUGAGAGUGAAAGCUGAAUCCAGCCCUGGGAUUGACGUGGGACCUGUGGAAGUGACUGGGAUGAGGUCAUCGGGUGGGCCCCCUGAUCGAAUCCUGGUGGGUGUGUAGGGAGAGGGAAUUGGACACACACACGCUCUUGCUCUGUCUCGCCACGUGGGGCCCUGUGCCACCUUGAGAUCUGCAGUAAGUUCCUGGCAACAAGACGGCCCUCCCCAGGUACAGCAUCUUGAUCUUGGCCCUCUGAAAUCAUGAGGUAAAUAAAUCUGCUCCGACAAGG